AUGGAUGCAGACAGGACUGAGCCAGAUGAAACCACCAGGCUCUUAGCCAACCAGGCCGAUGAGGUUAGAGGCAGCGACAACAGGUCACCUGUUCGCAGGCUUAAAUUCCUGCAGAAGCAAAUCAUCCUCCUCGUGCUUGUGCUGGUCCUCCUGCAGUUGCACUUGAUCUUCUUCAGCAGCGCUUCUGGAGAGCUCAAACUACGGAAGCUUUGCUACGAAUACUUGAAGGACCACGAACCCGGUAAGGUUGGCCCCGGGGGACAGGUCGAUCUAUUCGAUUGUUACUUUGAAGAGCCGGUAGUGCAGCAGCUGCGUGAGCUGCUCAAUUGGGACUGGGGCAUAUCAUCCAUCCUAUUGCUCCUCAUAGUUUUCCCGUAUGGCAUGGUUGCGGAUCUGCGUGGCAAGAAGAGAGUUAUAAUCCUGGCCCUGGUCGGACAGUUGUUGUCUUGCCUCUGGACAGUUGCCGUAGCCUCUUUCUCUGACAUAUUUCCCUUACGACUGACUUGGGCCGCUUCAGCCUUUUGGCUCAUUGGCGGCGGCACUCCCCUCUCGGUCGCUCUGAUAUAUCUGCUCGCAUCAGAAAGCCUCCAUGAAGAACAGAGGAGUCAACUUUACUUCUUCUUAUAUGGAGCUUACCUCGUAACUGUAACCAUCUUUCCGACUAUUGCCUUUAUCGCUACCCUGCCAUCAGUCUACCCUCGGGUGGUCUUGCCAGGCCAGGAUUCUCGACAAGCGAACUUCCUCACGCUGCUGAGGUCACGCAAAGUCUUGUUCAUCCUUGUCAUCUUCACUCUGCCAGCAUUUGCCCAGACUGCGUUCCAGGCGGUCACCCCGUACUUGCUAGUGAAUCGUCGUCCAGACGAGACGUUACAGCAUGUUCUCCUUACCAUCUUUUCGGGCGAAAUCUUUAGGGUCGUGCUCUUUGCAUUCUUCGCUCCCUGGGGUAUCGCUUUCGCGCAGGGACGCUUCAGAAUACAUCAGGCAAAAAUCGACACUUGGAUAAUCCGUGGCAGCCUUUUGCUCAUGGCAAUUAGCGGCGCCUUCAUGACAUCGGCUACGACUGUUGCAUCACGAACCAUUGCUGUUGUGGUCUUUUUUGCGGGCUUUGGCUUGAGAGUGCCCCUGUUGUCAUAUGUUACUUCCCUGGCCGGACCAAAACUCCGUGGACGACUUUAUGGUACAGUCCUGGUUGCGGAGACGAUAGGUCAACUCAUCAUGUGGCCUAUUUCCCGAAACCUCAUGGUCAAUGUUCACAAAAGGGGAGACCCGUGGCUCGAAGUACCUUUUGUUGUUAUGUCGCGUCUGUGUGUUGGCGAGUAUCAUGGUUUCACGAGCUAUCUCUAA